AUGAUGACGUGCCGUCUGCUGUGCGCCCUGUUGGUGCUCGCCCUGUGCUGCUGCUGCCCGUCUGUGCACGCGGGAGACACUGAUGCGAAGAAUGAAGAAGAGUCUUCCCAGAAGAACAUAAUUUCGGCGCCAACCCCGACACCUGUUCGGGAAGGUGAAGAGUCGGGUGCCGGACAUGCAGAUACUGCAGUAAAUGGAAGUGGUUCGACCGAUAAGGAACAGCAAUCAAGUGAUGCUCCCAAUGAGUUACAAGAAAAAAGUACGGAAGGUAUGACGGGGGCAGAAAGUGGCACGAGUAUACCCGCAAAACAAGGAACUAAGGGUGAAGAAGGUCCUGCCGAGACGGCCAAAACGACCGCUACGACGACCACCACAACAAAGGCACCAACAACCACCACGACGACCACCACUACAGAGGCACCAAGUACUACGACUACAGAGGCGCCAACUACAACGACCACCCGCGCACCGUCACGUCUUCGUGAGAUCGACGGCAGCCUCAGCAGCUCUGCGUGGGUGUGUGCCCCGCUGGUGCUCGCCGCAUCCGCGCUGGCGUACACCACUCUGGGCUGA